AUGUCGAGAGAACGGAGCGUGAUGGCCCGAAAAGAGAACGAGAGUGCUGCCGCUCCUCCUCGGGGCAGCAGGCCCAGCCGAACGCAAGGACAGGGUGACCGAUUGAGGGAGAGGAGUGACUCAAGCGGAGACGCCGUGCGGGCUGCUUACGCGCUACUAUCACCCGAAGCACCAACGCAACACCGCGGCCACGUCGAGGGUCAGACAAUGGCCACGUCGUUCGCCGCAUAUGCAUCUCAGUUCUUGAACAGACCGCAAGCCGGAGCAUCCAGUCUGUCCUCCUCUCAACCUCUGUUCUUCUCCUUCUCAACCGACAACGGUUCUCGUGCAGGCAACCCUGAUGAGGCAGAUCUGGACGACUUGGACGACCCGCACUUGCGUGCGAGCGCAAUGAGCAGGCACACUGCGGGCCAUGAAGACGCACACGCGUAUGGAGACGACGAGGACCCGUAUCUCCGUCUCGACGAAGAGGAAGCUGGUCUGUCUCGGCAUCAGUCGCAGUCAAUACCUUUACUAGGAGCGUCAGUAGGAGAGAGCGCAAAGGGAUGGCUCGCGCACGCUUCACCUCUGCGGUCACCAUCGCCCUCCCUCUCGUCUUCGUCUGUCGACUCGGGACACCCACCACCAGAUUUUAUGACCACUUCUUCUAAGCUCCAUGUUCGAACUGAUCGACUGCAGCCACAACAACCAUCAUUACCACCUCCACCACGAGCCGAGGCCACCCUUUCACUAACAGAGUCUUUGCUGCCUAGAGAUGGUCGCACACGACCCCUAGACAUCUUCUCCCUGCCUGACCCUCGCUACGUCCCGCGAGGGCGGCGGAAAUACAACGACUUUGUCUGGACAGCUCUGUGGUGUGCUGGGCUCAGCAUAUGUGCCUUCUUUUCCAUCCUUGUGCUCUUCCUCACCCAUCGUCCCCCUGGUGGUGGGGGCAAACUCCCCUAUGUCACGUUUCUGCAUACCAUCCCACUGCUCACGAUACUGAUCGUCCUGAGUGCCGUUGUCGCGUAUCUGCAUGUUUAUCUCCUACGGAUAUUUGUCAAGCCUGUCAUGGUUGCUACUUCGGUGUUCAUCCCAGCCACCCUGUUCAUUUCGGCGAUAUGGGCAUUUGUAGGCAGCUUCAUGUGGGAUGGCAAUCAGGAACCAACUUGGGGAGAAACAGUCGGCCUGCGCAUCUUCUCGCUGGUACCAUUGGUGCUAUCUCUGUUGACCGCUCGCAAGUUGCUCGACCUCCCUCGAGACAUCCAUACUGCGUCCUCACUCCUCACGCUGACAACCCGUCUCCUUGUCGCCAACCCUUUUCUCCUGGCGCUCUCCCCCGCCGUCCUCCUCGCAACGCUCGUGGCGUCCAUUCCAUUUGUCACGCUUGCAUUCCGCCUCCUGCUUGUUGGGUAUGCCACCUCUCCAAACACCCAGUUCGAGUGGCACAUCUAUGGGUGGGCCAACUGGGCCAUUGCAGGGACGGUUGGCAUCUGGCUAUGGAGCUGGGGCGUCGCGCGCGGCCUCCUGCGGGUGACCUGUGCGGGCGUCAUCGGGGCGUGGUACUUCGCCGACCCCGCCCUGCCACCGCCCCCGCCUACCUCCACACACAUAAUCCACGCAGCGCUCACGCGUGCUACACAGCCUUCGCUCGGGUCUGUCGUCCUCUCGGCCCUGAUUAUCGCAGGUCUCCGCCUGCUCGGUCUCUUGACCGCUGGCCUUCGCACUCUCCCGUACUACUUGCCGCCGUAUCUCCGCUUGCUAAGCGUCGGUGCUGGUAUGGCCGUUGGCUACCUAGAGAACGUAACAGGAACGCUGAGCAAGUACGCAUUGGUCUACAUGGGCCUGACGGGCGAUCCCUUCUUCCCGAGCGCACGACGCGCACGCGCGCUGACUGCGGCCGUGGAGAGUUCGUCGGUGGUGAACUAUCGCAGACGGUUCAAGACCGAACCGUCGCUGACUAUCCUGACGGUUGCCCCUCUGACGCUCACGUUCCCGUUCGCUUUGGGCACGUAUCUGUUCGUGGCACACACCCUAGACGCGCCGGAUCAGGCAUUGCCGGCCGCGCUGCUCGCGGGAGCGGUGACGGCUCUUGUUGGCCUAUUCUGUGUUGGUCUGGUCAGAGACACCGCGGAUACACUGUACAUCUGCUACUGCAUCGACAAGGACGUGGGUGAGCGCCAUAGGGACGAGGUAUUUGAGGCAUUCGAGUACGAGAACCGAGGAACUCGAUCUACGCAACAGCGUCGCCCGCAACAGUCGGCACCAGUCUCACACCAGCCGACAUCAAUCUCACAGCGGCCCCGCGAACGCUUGGAGCCGCACCCCCUGCCGCCUGUGCAACGAGAGGCAACACCAGAUCCCUUCGAGGAGUCGCCCCUGGAGACGCGAUCGCCACCCCUCCCUGACCCGCACUCGCCCGCGUCCUCGGGGCUAAACUCACAGACGAGGAUGCCUUUGAGCAGACGCAUGAGUGUGCUCCCUGAGCCGCUACUGAGCACGACGCUCCCGCCGCAUCACGAGAGCGACGAGGAAGAGGGGGAGGAGUCGCAGCUGUUCCCUGGCUCCGAUCUCUUCUGAUGUUGCUCUAAGUCUGUGUCUGGAUCGGCCUGUUUCUUGUUCCCGUCAUUUGCUAUUAGAUGGUAUGUCGCUCUCAGUGUUGAACGUCCAGGGCAAGAUUCCAUUACACGCAUGUUCAUGGUCGUGCAUAUGUACCUUGCUUGUAGUUCCUGUGAUCAUCCGCCGUCCUCGGACUCGCCCGCGAGCUAGCAAUGCAUGUAAUAUAAGUGCUACGUACAUACUCAGUUGUAGUUCAUUCCCUGG